CAAGGGGCGGGUCGUCCGGAGGACGGUGGUGCGGACGCAGCAUGUCGGCGGUGACCCGGUUGGCGCCUCUGGCUCGCGUCGGAGGCCGCCUCUUCCGAGGUAGAGGCGCGCUGGCGGCUGCAGGCGGUGGAGUCCGUCAAAUUGCCUGGGUGUAUGAACUAGAGCACAAUACCUGUUUAAAACAUCCCCAUUUCAAUGCAGAGGUCGCAUGUCAGGAGUAUAUGCUUUUUUUUUUUUUGAAUGGCUAUCACCAGGGUCACUUUACAUAUCCUGAUCCUUCCCAGUGGACAGAUGAAGAAUUGGGUAUCCUUCCUGAUGAGGAGGAUUGAAAGUAUAAACUCAAGCCUUUUAAGAAGGAACCAAGUGAGAAAUUUCAAGGAAGUAUGGACUUAAUGUUGUACACUAAAGUUGUAAAUUAAAAAAGGCUUGGCCAAGAAUGAG